GCGUUUGACUCUUGAAGACCUUGAGGACAGUUGGGAUCGUGGUAUUCCUCGAAUCAACACUCUUUUCCAGAAAGAUCGUCACACCUUAGCCUACGACAAGGGUUGGAGAGUUCGUACCGAAUUUAAGCAGUACCAAGUUCUCAAGCAGAAUCCAUUCUGGUGGACCCAUCAGCGUCACGAUGGAAAAUUGUGGAAUCUUAACAACUACCGUACGGAUAUGAUCCAGGCUCUGGGUGGUGUUGAAGGCAUUCUUGAACAUACCCUAUUUAAGGGAACCUAUUUCCCAACUUGGGAAGGCCUUUUCUGGGAAAAGGCGAGUGGUUUUGAAGAGUCCAUGAAAUACAAGAAGUUGACAAAUGCUCAACGCUCCGGUCUUAACCAGAUUCCAAAUCGUCGUUUCACACUCUGGUGGUCGCCAACUAUCAAUCGUGCCAACGUGUAUGUUGGUUUCCAAGUCCAGUUGGAUCUAACCGGUAUCUUUAUGCACGGUAAAAUCCCCACACUAAAGAUUUCUCUCAUUCAAAUCUUCCGUGCUCACUUGUGGCAGAAAAUCCAUGAAUCAGUUGUGAUGGAUCUUUGCCAGGUAUUUGAUCAGGAGCUUGAUGCUUUAGAAAUUGAAACCGUGCAAAAAGAGACCAUUCACCCUAGAAAGUCCUACAAAAUGAAUUCCAGUUGUGCUGAUAUUCUUUUAUUCGCUUCCUACAAGUGGCCAGUUUCUCGGCCCAGUCUUUUGGCUGAUACUAAGGAUACUAUGGAUGGAACUACGACUCAAAAGUAUUGGAUUGAUGUCCAAUUACGUUGGGGCGAUUACGAUUCUCACGAUGUGGAACGUUAUUGCCGUGCGAAGUUCCUAGAUUACACGACAGAUACAAUGUCUAUCUAUCCUUCACCAACUGGUGUAAUGAUUGCCAUCGAUCUUGCCUACAAUCUUCACAGUGCUUAUGGCAACUGGUUCCCGGGUAGUAAACCCCUUAUCCAACAGGCUAUGCUUAAAAUUAUGAAAGCCAAUCCUGCUUUGUAUGUGCUGAGAGAACGUAUUCGAAAGGCACUUCAGUUGUACUCCAGUGAGCCUACUGAACCCUAUCUUAGUUCACAGAACUAUAAUGAGUUAUUCUCCAAUCAAACUAUUUGGUUUGUGGAUGACACCAAUGUCUAUCGUGUUACUAUUCACAAGGCA